UGAGCAUCCACAAUAUGCGAGUGCGCAAGGGUGCCACUUAGUACUUACUCUGCUCAUAUUUACAGUUACUAACCAUGAGCCAUCUUCCAUUAACUUCUACUUCGCGAUUCAUAGAAGCAGACGAAGAUGAUGAUGACCUGGACGAGCAAGACAUCCCUGGUUUCUCAGCACCAUCACCAGUCGUAGACAAGGGAAAAUCGAGGGAACCAGAACAGCUCGCAAGGCCUUCUGAAACUCCCUCUCCGAAUCCGAACGUGUCUGGCAACAUAGGUUCCAAUGGUGCACCCAGCAGCAGUUCCAACAGGCAGACUGUAGGUGGCAUUCGAGUCGAGACUCGGUAUUCUGGAGUGGACACUCUAGAUGAGCCUGUCACAGCCACUAUCGCACGCGACUUGCUUUCGAUAUACUCGAAGUUGGUACAUGUGCUUUACCCUCGUAAAUCCAGUGGACGUGAAGUCCUCAGAGACUGGGAUCUUUGGGGUCCAUUAUUGCUUUGUCUAUGCCUAGGCAUCAUGUUGAGCGUGAAUGCACCCGCCAGUCAGUCGUUAGGGGUAUUCACUUCCGUGGUUGUGAUUGUGUCCGUUGGCUCCCUUGUUGUGACCGUCCAGGCUAAGCUUCUCGGUGGCAGAGUGUCAUUCUUUCAAGGGCUUUGCGCGCUCGGUUAUUGCAUAGCACCAUUAGAUAUCGCGGCACUCAUCUCGUGCUUCGUGCGUGUCAUCUGGGUGCGUGUGCCCAUUGCCCUGGCUGCCUGGGCUUGGUGUAUAUGGGCAUCCGUAAACUUCUUGGACGGCACGAAAAUUGAACCACAGCGCAUCUUGCUCGCUGUAUACCCACUCUUACUUUUCUACUUUGUCCUAGCGUGGAUGAUACUUAUUCAGUGAUUGGACUUUGUUGAAAAGAGCGGCUUCUGUGGUAGACGUACAUGUACCCAAGUUCCUGGCUCAAUUUGCUGUAGCAUGCGUUCCGAUGUGACAGGGGCCAAUACACCGAAGUUCACGUCUGCAAGGGACAAGGUUAAUAUGUAUGAGGGGUCACACCACUAUCAGCAACUUCUUGGAUGCCACCGCCUUCAACUUUCAGACCCUCACCGCGGUAGUUCAGUGUCAAAAAGAGGCGGAUAGGUAGCAUAGAUGUCGAAGUAUCAAAAGAAAUAAAUGCAGUGUUUGUUGGCACGUUGACGGUUGCGCAUUGGAUUUGGGUGAGGUG